AUGCCUGCCACAGACUCGGCGGCCGUGAUCGUCGCUAGAUUUCUGAAAGCAAAUCAUUACAGUGAAACUCUUGAAGCAUUCCUCGCCGAAGCAGGGCUGCCUGAAAAUGCAGGCGUCACCAAUCCCGGCGACUGGACUAUAGAGAAGAUCCUGGAGGAGAAGAAACAGUUCGACGCGAGCCUAGCAUUCGAAAAGAAAGGCGAUGGCCUGCAAACCGGCUGGUCGCUGCCAGCACCCUCCAAAGCUGUGGAGCCCCAGAUCUCCGUCAGGUCCAAUGUGCUCUGCGUAAGCGGGCAUCAAGAGAACGAGGCCGAUGAUGGAGUCAUCUUUGUUACUGCAGCGGAUCGAUCAUGGAACCGUAUUUCAACGAAUGCGCCUUUUGCUCUCUUGGGCACCGUGUCGGAUGCUCAUGCCAGUCCAGUGCUUUCCAUCAGCACACUGCCUGGAGGCUACGUCUUCUCCACCUCAAUGUCGGGGCAGCUUGCACUGCACGAUUCCGAAGGUCGUCUCCUGGACAAGUGCCGCGAUCACUUGAAAUACGCCGUCCAUGUCGUUUCGGGACUUACUCAGCAAGGAAGAUGGAUCGUGGCGACAGCAGGGUGGGAUCAAAAGGUCCACAUCUACGCGCCGGAAUUUGAGUUGGCCACAAACUUCGAGCCCAAUGCACACGUCUCGCGUACCAAUGAUGAACCAUAUAUACCGGGCCUUCUACGUGAUCCAAUACGCACUAUCACGAUGCAGACGAAUCCGGAAUCAAUGGUUCUCGUCCGACACCCGGACACGUCGGACCUAUAUCUUGUCGUCUCACGACGAGACUCCACAUUUCUAUAUUACUACCGCAUCACACCUACAUCCCAGGAGUCUGCCUCUUCUCGGGGUAGUGAAACGACGUACUCAGUGCAAGAGACCGGCAAACAAAAUCUGGCGCCGCACUCCAACGCAUGGGUCGCAUUCACCCCGUCGUGUCUAGCUGUCUGUCCGACUGAUCCACAACUUUUGGCCGUUGCAACGUCACACUUACCACAUAUGAAGCUGAUCAUUGUGCGUCUCCUGUUCCCCACCGCCACGUACGAUCCCAACACGAAUACCGCUGCAGUGACCGAUUCCCAAACGGUGACUCCAGCCUCGCAAGCUCGUGCUGCUCUCGCUCUUCAGGACCGUGAAGACUCAGCAAUUAAGCUACAUGUCUCCACUAUGGCACCCCAGACACCAUACUCCACACCGCAGGUUGUUUGGCGUCCAGGAGGCCAGGGAGUAUUCAUCAAUGCAGACGAUGGAGUCAUCCGUGGCGUGGACACCCAGAGCGGCAAAGUCGUGGCCACUCUCCGGGCACAUGAGGUCGGCACAAAGGUACGGACGUUGUAUGCUGGUUGGGAGGCUGGUGAAAAGGACGAGAUCCUAGUUAGUGGAGGCUUCGACAAGAAAGUCUUCUUCUGGAGGGUGGAGAAGGAAUGA